GGAAGUGGACUAUUCCCUACCAAUCAAAAUGGGAACACUUGUACGGAAUUAGCUUUAAAUAUCCUGAAAUAUCCCCGAAAACUUGUAUUUUUCGGCCUUUAUCGAGUUUACUAUGACAGUAGACAGUUACUGUGAUAUGUAAUAUUAUUGGAGAACUUCGUUUUGAGGGGAGAACCGUGAAUCAGCCGAAAUGCAUCGGAGAGGUGUUGGAGCCGGAGCUAUUGCCAAAAAGAAGCUAGCAGAGGCCAAAUAUAAGGAGAGAGGAACUGUUCUUGCAGAGGACCAGAUUGUCCAGAUGUCCAAGCAGUUGGAGACCUUCAAAUCGAACCUGGAGGAGUUUGCCAGCAAGCACAAACAGGAAAUCCGAAAGAACUCACAGUUCAGGGUUCAGUUUCAGGAAAUGUGUGCCACCAUUGGAGUUGACCCACUUGCCUCUGGAAAAGGUUUUUGGUCAGAGAUGCUCGGAGUUGGUGACUUCUAUUAUGAGCUUGGUGUACAGAUCAUUGAAGUGUGCCUGGCCCUGAAACACAGAAAUGGAGGGCUUAUCACUUUGGAUGAACUCCAUCAGAGAGUACUGAAAGGAAGAGGUAAAUACGCUCAGGAUGUGAGUCAAGACGACUUGGUCAGAGCCAUAAAGAAACUGAAGGUGAUGGGGAAUGGUUUUGGGAUGAUUCCUGUCGGUGGUUCCUACUUGGUGCAGUCGGUACCAGCAGAGCUCAACAUGGACCAUACUGUAGUUCUACAGCUGGCUGAGAAAAAGGGAUACGUCACAGUGAGUGAGAUCAAGGACAGCCUUAAAUGGGAGAAGGAGCGGGCUUGUCAUGUCCUGGAUCACUUGCUAAAAGAAGGCCUGGCUUGGUUGGACUCUCAAGCAGCUGGAGAAGCGCAGUACUGGCUGCCUGCUCUCUUCUCUGAGCUCACAUCCCGUGAUGUCACACCAGAGGAAGCCAAUCAGAUGACACCGUAAGAAAAAAAAAAAAGAAAAAAAGUGGGACGGACCUGGACCACGAGCUGCUGACAGUUUUAAAGACAUGUUGGUAAACAAAAUGUGCCUGGUGGGAAGGAGCAUGUGAUGGAGUUGGCUGGUUCACUGGAGCUGGCAGGGAGGGUGAACUCUCUGUGAGAUCAUUUUCUGGACACGAGGAGGGAAAACGUCCCUCAGUAACCUCUAUGCAACGAGUGCACUUGCAUUAAUACAGAGUGGGUGGAAGCAGCUUGAUUUCCAUUACACUGCAAAUGAAAUUGAGUGUAAGAUCUUGUCUUGUAGUCAUGGUUAACGGGUCUUUAACGAUAAUUCUCGAUGCACAUAACAUGUAACUGUUUCAUUUUUCAUGUAUAAACAUAAACUUUGAAGAAAAGACAGCAUCAGCGUUGUAUCAGUUGAACCCAUCUUUAUUAUUUUAUCACCAGGACCAUUUACAUACACUGAACAGUUGAUCUGAUCAUUGACAUGAAUUCACUUGUUACCUUGCUCACUCUCUUCAACAACAUCGACAAUUCAUCCUGACACAUACAGAUUAAAUAAACACUUGAAUCAGUAGAUCUGAUUACAAUAGAUAAGACUGUCCUCU